AACAGAUUUUAACUAAGCACAGAAUGGUUGCAUUUUUAACUUCAAAUCAAUAAAAUUGAAGGAGUACGAGUAAAAUUACACGUAUAAAUGAGUGUUUUGUAACCUGGAAUAGUUCAUCAGAGUGAGAAAGUGUACAGUUCUACCUUAACUUCUAACACGCUUCCAUCUACUGUGGAGGACAACAGACCCAUGUGUUGCUCAGUAGUAUGUUUGCAAUCUACAGUGUGUUUGAUAUAAGAUAAGUAUCAAGCGGCCCAAUCAAUGGAUUUUAACGAUGCAAAGAAUGAAAUUAUGCGGGUGUUGUCCAAGACGGAAAGAUUACAUCUUCCAAAGCUGUUAGACUGGUUGAAAACAUCCGAUGAUCUGGAUGAUUUCCUGGUAGAUAACCAAAGCGUUAUUCUUCAAAGUAUUGCAGAAGACCUAAGGGUUUGCCUUCCACUGGAGGGUAUGGCUCCCUCAGAGAUGAUGGCUAUUCAAAAGACUCAACAGAAACCUCAUCCCACUGUGCAUGUGGAUGCGUUCUUAUAUGACGAGGAAGCUGUGGAUUUAUUGUGUGAGGAUGGGAAAAUGAGUCGCAACUACUGCCUCAACUGUGGAUCACACAAAACAGCACCGCUGGAGUUCAUCUCGCAUUCGUUCUCAAUCCCAGAGCUCCAGUUCCUAUUCCACAACGUUCUUCCAGACCUCUCAGGAAAACUGUUGGUGGAUGUGGGAUCUAGACUUGGAGCUGUGCUAUUUGGGGGCUACCUCUACAGUGCCGCAUCUCAGCUUUUGGGGGUUGAAAUAAGUUCAGAGUUUGUCAAACUUCAAACAAUGGCUGUAGAGAAAUAUGGCUUCAGUGACAGAAUUCAGGUGAUCCAUGCGGAUAUCCGCUCUCAGUCUGCCUUGCUGCAAAAUGCAGAUGUUCUGAUCAUGAACAAUGUGUUUGAAUACUUCAUGGAACCCAGUGAUCAAAUGCAAACUUGGCUAUUUAUCAGUCAAAAUUUCAGAAAGAAAGGUGCACUGUUGGUAACUGUACCCAACAUUCAAGAGACACUUGCUUUACUUCAGGAUGCUGUUUUCCUAGAGACAGUAGCCCUCAGCCAGUGGAUAGAGGAAGUGCCACUUGACUACACUGUUCAUCUAAAAAAUGACACAGAUCCGGAUUCUCUCAAACAAAUCCAUCUUUAUAGAGUACUUUGACCUCCAGAAGAGUCUCUUUUGACGCAUUGGAUAUGAUUAGCCUCAGUGAGGCCUUUAACAGAACAAACGAUGCAAAUAGAUUUGAUUAAACAUACAGCACCCUCUUCUGAUGAAUGUUCAUUUGUCAAUUUUUAAAGUUAAGUUUGAUAGUAAGCACAUGUUUCAGUAAAUCUCUUUACGUAAUGGUGUGUUUGCAUUGCUGUAUUAAGCAGUCCGUAUUAAGAGAUAAUAAAUUAGUUUUCCUGUAAGUGA